AUGCAACUCCACGUACAUUACGGCGACCUUAACGCUGAAAUAAACAAUACGUUAAGGAAGUUUUGGGAGGUGGAAGCGCCUCCACCGGUAACGUUCCUCUCCGAAGAGGACAAAAAAUGUGAAGAACAUUUUCGGCAGACUCAUUCGCGUAAACCCGACGGCAAAUACGUAGCGCGAUUGCCGUUUAAAUCAGAGCCUCCCAUCGAUAUCGGGGCUUCGAAAGGAAUCGCGGUCGCCUCCUUUUAUAGAUUGGAGAAACGGCUCGCCAAAGACGCGGAACAAGCUACGGCUUAUCACUCCUUUCUGGAGGAAUACCUGCAGCUCGGUCAUAUGCGGGAAUUUCUUGAAACAGACCCUCCUUCUGAGCAAAAGGUCUAUUUGUCGCAUCAUCCGGUCAUCCGUCAAGACAGCAGUACGACAAAAUUGAGAGUGGUUUUUAACGCGUCGAUGCCUACGUCAAACGGGUCUACGCUAAACGAUCAUUUACUAGUUGGUCCGAAAUUGCAAGCUGACCUCGCGGUCACGAUUUUACGAUGGCGCAUGUAUCAGUUCGUGUUCGCGGCAGAUAUCGCGAAAAUGUUCCGGCAAAUCUGGAUUGACCGUCGCGACACCGCCUACCAGCUGAUAGUUUGGCGCGCUAAACCCGAAGAUCAGCUGAAAACAUAUGAACUGCUUACCGUGACAUACGGGACGGCCCCAGCGCCCUUCCUCGCGAAUCGGGUCAUCAAACAACUCGCGCUGGAUGAGGGGACUAAUUUCCCUCUCGCGGCUCCUAUCCUGAAUGAGCACCUCUACGUUGACGACGCGCUUUUCGGGGCCGAUGAUCGAGUGUUGGCUCGUCAAACACGGCAGCAGGUAACGGAUGCCCUCAGACACGGAGGUUUCCACCUAAGAAAGUGGUCAAGCAAUUGUCCACUGUUAUUAGCGGAGAUCUCCCACGUUGAUCACGAGCUGGCCUCGAGCCGCUUAUUUCAAGAUGCCGAAGGGUUAAAAAUGUUGGGAAUCCGUUGGUUACCGAAAUCGGACGAAUUUCGAUUUCAAUUUAAGCUCGACUCCGCUAGUACGGCGAAUCCGACUAAGCGCGGGGUUUUGUCGAAUAUCGCGCGAAUCUUUGACCCAUUGGGGUGGAUUUCUCCCGUCGUUAUCGUGGCCAAGAUCUUCAUGCAAAAAUUAUGGGUAGCCAAGUUAGAUUGGGACGAACCUCUACCUUGCGAACUAACCAACCAAUGGCGCGAAUAUUCCGCGGAGUUCAACGAUUUACGAAAGGUAACCCUUCCGCGCUGGAUUAGGAUGGGGAAUGCUACAAUCGAGUACGAAAUACACGGGUUCGCAGAUGCUUCGCAAGACGCCUAUGCGGCUGUGAUUUAUUUACGUACAAUCUCCAUCGCGGACGAGGUCGCGUUACAUUUACUCAUGGCAAAAACAAAAGUAGCACCGUUGAAACCACUCACAAUUCCGCGGCUAGAAUUAUGCGCGUGCGUCCUAAUGACGCGAUUGAUCGAGCAGGUUCAGGCUACAUUAAAACUCGAUAAAGUACCAGUUUACGGUUGGACUGAUUCCACCGUUGCAUUAGCUUGGAUACAUAAGCAUCCGAGUCAAUUAAAAACGUUUACGGCACACCGAGUCGCGGAUAUACAAAGCCGAGCGCCGAAUGCUUCUUGGCGACACGUACCAACCGGUUGUAAUCCUGCCGAUUGUGCGUCCCGCGGGUUGUCGGUGAAAUUGCUGCUUCACCACCGCCUUUGGUGGCACGGUCCUUCCUGGCUGGCGCAAACUCCUAAUGAGUGGCCAGAAUUUAGGCUUGUCGUCCCAAGGGAAGCUGAAGCAGAAAUCAAAAAAACAAAUCAAUGCAUUGCAUGUGGAGUCGGAGGCUGA